AUGCCGUCAUCAAAUAAUACCAAUUUCCAUCCCAGUAUCUUUCUCCUCCUUGGCACUCCAGGAAUGGAAGCCAUCCAUGCCUGGAUAGCAAUGCCUUUCUGCCUUGUGUACCUGAAUGCUCUCCUGGGAAAUUUCUCUAUACUAUUUAUUAUCAGAAUGGAUCCCAACCUGCAUGAACCCAUGUACUUCUUCCUCUGUAUGCUCUCUGUGGCAGACCUGAUCAUCUCCACCACCGCUAUGCCAAAAAUCCUCAGCCUUUUUUGGUUCCAUAACAGAGAGAUCUAUUUUGAAGCCUGCCUUGUGCAAGUAUUUCUCAUUCAUGCAUUGUGCAGCAUGGCCUCAGGGUCUAUCCUGGCCAUGGCCUUUGACUGCUACGUGGCAAUCUGCAAUCCUCUGAGACAUUCCACGAUCCUCUCACACAGAGUCAUCAAGAACUUGGGCCUAGCUAUUGUUUUCAGUGGGGCUUUGCUUUUCAGUCCUCAGCCAUUCAUGCUUCGGUGGCUUCCCUACUGUAAAACUAACAUCAUCCCUCACACUUAUUGUGAAUUUAUGGCUCUGAUCAAGCUUGCUUGUUCAGACACCAGAAUCUGCAGAAUAUACAGCCUAACUGCUGCCUUCCUGACUGGGGGUUUAGAUUUCAUAUUAAUCAUAUGCUCCUACAUUGUCAUCCUUUACAUUGUCUUCAGUCUUCCAUCCAAGGCUGCUCAGCUCAAGACCUUGGGCACUUGUGGAUCCCACGUGUGUGUGAUCUUGGUGGCCUAUACUCCAGCCUUUUUCUCCUUCCUUACUCAUAGGUUUGGGCACAAUGUGGCUCCUCAUAUGCACAUCUUAGUGGCUAAUAUCUACCUCCUUGUUCCUCCCAUGGUGAACCCCCUUAUCUAUGGCAUAAAAACCAAGAGAAUCAGAGAACGGUUCCUCCAAGGUUUUACUUCUCUCAAAUUCUAA